GUGACGUCAGGACGGGGCGCGAGGGCCGCUCUAGGAGGCGUGGCUCUUGGUAAGACUGCUCCUGCGAGCGGCGGAGCCAUGGGGGAGAUGGGCCCCGGCGAGCGAUGCGGGGCGCUUCUCACUUGGAUGCAAACUUUCCAUGUUCCAUCACCAUGUAUCAAGAUGGAAGAUUUGACCAGUGGGGUCACAAUUGCCCAGGUGCUACACAAGAUAGAUCCAUCUUGGUUCAAUGAAACAUGGCUCCUACGGAUUAAAGAUGACACUGGUGACAAUUGGAGACUGAAGGUGAGCAACCUGAAAAAGGUCCUGCAAAGUGUGGUUGAGUACUCCCAGGAUGUGCUCGGCCACCAAGUCCCAGAGCAGCUGUUGCCUGAUGUCGCCUUGGUUGGAGAGCUGUCUGAUCCGGCAGAGCUUGGGAAAUUACUACAGCUGGUACUAGGCUGUGCCAUCAGCUGUGAGAAGAAGCAAGAUUACAUCCAGCAAAUCAUGACCUUGGAAGAAUCUGUUCAGCAUGUCGUUAUGACAGCUAUUCAAGAGCUGUUGACCAAAGAUUCAUCGGACACAUUAAGUUCAGAGACAUAUGGGAACUUCGACAGUCAGUCCCGAAAGUAUUACUUCCUCAGUGAUGACCUAGAGGAGACAGAUGACAUGCGCCAACAUUGUCAUGAUUUGGAGCAUCAGAUCUCCAUUUUAAUGGAGGAAAAAAACUUACUGGUGCUGGAGAACAAGACCCUUCGGGAGCAAAAGUGCUCUCUGGAGUCAGAUGCUGCUGGACUCACUGGCAAGAAGUUGCUUUUGCUUCAGUCACAGAUAGAACAGCUGCAAGAGGAGAAUUUCCGGCUGGAAAAUGGUAGAGAUGAUUUUCGAGUUCGUUGCGAAGAUCUGGAGAAGGAGGUGCAGGAGCUGCAACACCGUAACGAGGAGCUGACUAGCCUGGCAGAGGAAGCACAAUCCCUCAAAGAUGAAAUGGAUGUACUUCGCCAUUCGUCAGACAGGGUGGGACGGCUGGAGGCCAUGGUAGAUUCUUACAAAAAGAAACUGGAAGACCUGGGGGACCUGCGUCGGCAGGUCCGCCUGCUAGAAGAGCGAAACACAGUUUAUAUGCAGCGCACCUGUGAGCUGGAGGAAGAGCUGCGGCGGGCCAAUGCUGUGCGUGCACAACUAGAAGCACAUAAAAGACAGGUGCAAGAGCUCCACAGCAAACAUGGAGAGGAAGCCUUGAAGGCAGAGAAAUGGCAAUUUGAAUAUAAGAAUCUGAAGGAGAAAUUUGAGGCGCUGGUAAAAGAAAAGGAGAGAUUGAUUGAAGAGCGGGAAGCCCUUCGGGAGGCUAAUGAGGAACUGCGAUGUGCUCAGGUGCAGCAGAAAUUCCUAAACCAAGCAGAUGCUAUAUUGGAAGACAUUUCUUCUCCAAUGGAUAAUUUAGCAGCUGAAAUCAUGCCAGCAGAAUUAAAGGAGACCAUCGUACGGCUACAGCACGAGAAUAAGAUGUUAUGUGCUCAGGAGGUAUCGUACCGACAGCAACAGGCUGAAUUGCAAGGACUCCUGGAAGAAUCAAACCGCAGUAAAAACCAGUUAGAGGCACAGCAAAGGCUGAGCCAGCAACAAAUCUCUGCACUUAAGGCUCAAGUGGACGAGCUCCAGCGUACCCUCCAAGAACAAGGAAGCAAAGCAGAAGAUUCUUCCCUAUUGCAGAAGAAACUGGAAGAGCACCUAGAAAAAUUGCAUGAGGCCCAUGCAGAGCUUCAGAAGAAGAAGGAGUGCAUUGAUGAGCUAGAACCCAAAGUAGACAACAGCACUGCCAGGAAAAUUGAUGAACUUCAGCAGACAUUGAAGAAAAAGGAUGAAGAUAUGAGAGCUAUGGAGGAGCGGUAUAAACGCUACAUGGAUAAAGCCUGCACAGUCAUCAAGAAGCUAGACCCCAAGCAACAGCCUCACGUAGUUCCUUUGGAGAUUCAGGCAUUGAAAAAUCAGCUGCAAGAAAAAGAUAAGAAAAUAAGCCACCUAGAGGUGAGGCCCUCUUCCUUUGUUAAGGACAGGUCUGAUUUUGAGAAGACAAAAUCUCAGCAGGAGCAAGAAGAAAAACUCAUCAUCACUGCCUGGUAUAAUAUGGGCCUAACACUUCACCAACGAGCUACAGAAAAGCGAUCGUCCAAUCCUCCAACAGUCCAAUCCUUUUUGGCCCAACAAAGAUUGGCCACCAAUACUCGUCGGGGUCACCUGAGCCGAACUCAGCCCUUGUUGCUUUGAUACAGAGGAGUCGUCUUACGGAUUGUGAUCUGGAAAAACUGUUCAGUGCAUGUGUGCUUUGAGUUUAGCUGAAAGGGAGGGUUCAGUUUGAGCUCUUACUCUGUGCAGUGGUGUUUGUUUGGGAAUUCCAGCCUCUGUCCGUAUUGCUGAAAGUAAUUUCCUGCUGCUCAAGAGUCCUCCUUCACUGAGCUUUUGCCUCUAAAACCAGAUGAAUGUGGCAUGGGGCAGCCAAAGAUUGACUUUUCUCCAGCAAACCUAAACUUACCUGACUUUUCUUUCACUACACACUGCUGGGAGCUGUUGAAAAACAAGUCUCCUAGAGAAGUGCUCUUCACCACUACUUGGUCACUACUCCUUGCAUGUUACACGACACGUGGCAUUUGUAUAGCCUUUUAAGUGUGCCAUGUUAAAAGCUUAUUUCAUGCUGCAGGGAGGAUAUUUUAAAUUUCUGGUAGAUUGGAUCUCUUUUGCUACAAUGAGAAUACAGGCCCAUCUUGAGAAUUGAAUGUACAAGGGUGAGGUAAUAGCUCUGAAUGUGGACUUUUGAUUAAGGCUUGAGCCCUAUGACAACUAGUAACAGCUUCCCCUUCCAUUGUGGCAGCACCUAAAGCUCCUCAGACAUAGCUUUGCUUAAUGGUUACCUUCCAAGAAGGGAUUAGUGCAGAAAAAAAACAAGUUGAAUCUCUAUAAAUACUACCUAGGUACAGACUUAAAGAAAAGGGAAAGCUUGCAGUCCUGCCCAUGAACCAUUUGAGUGUAUUCCUAUAACUAUACUGUUUUCACAGCAAUAUUUAGAGUCUGGUGCUUUUUCUUAACAAAAAAAACCUCUUGUUUUAUUCUGUUAGUAUGCCUUGUCUAAUUUUGGAUCACCCUUCCAUCCUGGAAGUUGUAAGAAACUGUUUCCUUUUAAAAUAUGUUCUUCAAACUUUGUUUUUAUUUUUUAGUAAAUAUAGGUUUACUGCUGUAAAUUAUACAUUUUGUAAAGCAAUUUGUUCAUCUAGGCAGGUCUCUGCCUCUUUAUUUUUCUAUUGGACAGAAACCUGGCAUGCAGUGAUGCGGGGGUGGGGGGGUAUGUCUGUAGAAUCUUUUCAUUACAAAUAAAGGCUCUAAAAUAUU